CUCAGCUCUCCUCAGGCCUGGCCUUGUGAGGCAGGAGAUCAGAGUCUCUGAGAGCUUUCAUCUAGUUCAGAGCAAGGCUGUAGCUGGAGGAUCCACAGGACUGCACAGACCUUGCCCAGCUUCUCUCUCAUCCACAGAGGUCUCUGCCUUCCUCGGGAGCUCCUGCAGAACUGGCUGUGGUGGCUCCUGAAUCCUGCCCAGGGUUGCUCUCCUCUCUUCAGAGCUCCCCUCCUUUCUUGCUCAACAUCACAGCUCAGGAGGACUCAGUGAUGGCCUGGGAGCCCACAUACCUGCUCUCCCCAGUGCUGCUGCUGCUCCUGGCCUCAGGCUCCUGGACACAGAACCCGGAGUUACUUCGAACACAGGAGGGUGAGACUGUUUCUGUGACAUGCUGGUAUGAUUCGCUCUACCACUCCAGCGAGAAGAUCUGGUGUAAGCAAAUAGACAACUUGUGUUACCCCUUCGUCAGCAAAAGUGCCGAGAAGCCAAGAUUCCUCAUCCAGCAGUCUUCUCGCUUCAACUUCUUCACUGUCACCAUGACUAAGCUCAAGAUGAGUGACUCGGGCAUCUAUCACUGUGGGAUUGUUGCAAAUAACACGUCAGUUUAUCUCAGAAAUAUCCACCUGGUGGUGUCAAAAGGUUCUUCAGUUGUGUCCACUCCUGACAUCAUUCCUGCUACAAGGCUAACUAAGCUUCCUACCCUUAUUACCACAAAACACUCACCCAGUGACACAACUACAACCCGAUCUCUACCCCAGCCCACCACUGUUGUUUCCUCUCCUGAUCCUAGAGUCAUCAUCAUAAAUGGGACAGAUGCUGACAGGGGCUUUGUAUCCAGUGUUACUAUUCCCGUGGUCUGUGGACUCCUCAGCAAGACACUGGUAUUCACGGUCUUAUUCAUUGUCACACAGAAGUCAUUUGGACGACAGGCCAUGAAGGCACACAACAGUAACUCCUGACCUUAAGCCAUGUCUAUGUCAAAGGAGGAGCUGAGAUGGGGGCUAAACAGGAACUAUAUGACAUGAAUUGAGGUUGUAAUCAUGGGUGACAUCUAAGGCAUAAGAUGUCCUCAGCUGGACCUGCCCACUUUGUGGAGAGCUUUUGGGACCUCUUCUAGAUACUUGGCAGGAAUUUGAUAUGAUGGCAGGACAAAAAUGGUAAGCCUAGGCAGGAAUCUGACUGUAUUACUCAGGGUUCGCUAGAGUCACAGACCUUAUGGGUAGUCUCUAUAUAGUAAAAGAAUUUGUACUUACACUCUGCAGUCUAACUCCCAACAAUGGUCAGCAGCAGCUGUGAAUGGGAGUCCAAGGAUCUAGCAGUUGCUCAAUCCCACAAGGCAAGCAGGAAAAGAGUGAGCCUUCCUUCUUCCAAUGUCCUUAUGUAGAUCUCCAGCAGAAGGUGUAGCCCAGAUUAAAGGUGUGUGCCACCAUGCCUUUAAUCCCAGAUGACCUUGAACUCCCUGUCUUAAUCUUCUGGAAUCCAUAGCCACUAUUCCUCAAGAUGUCCAUACCAAGAUCUAGGUCUGAAACUUCUAUCUCCCAGCCUCCAGAUUAAGAUCACUGGUGAGCGUUCCAAUUCUGGAUUGUAGAUCAUCCCAGAUAUAGUCAAAUUGACAACGAGGAAUAGGCACUACACUGACUUUAAGCUGGGACUCAGGAAAUAGGCCCAGAUUAAGAACAUUUAUCUUUGAGCUAAUGCAAACUCAGAGCAGGCUCAGCUAAGGCAAGUGUGAAAGUCCUUUUGUCUUAGUCAUCAUGACUAGCCCCUAGAAAUGGUGUUUACUGGAUUUUGUUUAUUGCCUUGCUUAUUCUCUGACCCAGCACUGAUUUAUUGUUUGCAUGUAGAUAAAUUGGUAUAAGAGCAGCCUGCGGGAAAAACAAAUAAACCUGCUUCAACCUCA